GCUUUUCCCCUUGACAUGGUCAUGUUUGAUCUUCCUGCACUGCUGGGAAAUCUUCCUUUUGGGGGAGAGGAUUAGGUCUGGGUUGAGGUCGGCCACCUGUUGAGACCUGGUGAAAGAUCAGGUAGUUCUACAGUAAAAAGAAAUCGCUUGAAAUGGAACGGAUAGUGAAAGCCAAUGACCGUGAAUAUAAUGAAAAGUUCCAGUAUGCGGAUAAUCGUAUCCACACAUCGAAAUAUAAUAUUCUCACCUUCUUGCCAAUUAAUUUAUUUGAACAGUUCCAAAGAGUGGCAAAUGCCUAUUUUCUUUGCCUUCUGAUUUUACAGCUAAUUCCAGAAAUCUCCUCCUUGACCUGGUUUACCACCAUUGUGCCUUUGGUCUUGGUGAUAACUAUGACAGCUGUCAAAGAUGCCACAGAUGACUAUUUUCGCCACAAGAGUGAUAAUCAAGUGAAUAAUCGGCAGUCUGAAGUGCUCAUCGACAGCAAACUACAGAAUGAAAAAUGGAUGAAUGUCAAAGUGGGAGACAUCAUUAAAUUAGAAAAUAACCAAUUUGUUGCUGCUGAUUUACUUCUCCUAUCAAGUAGUGAGCCACAUGGUCUCUGUUAUGUUGAAACUGCUGAGCUUGAUGGGGAAACGAACCUAAAAGUCCGCCAUGCACUAUCAGUUACUUCGGAACUUGGAGCAGAUAUCAACAGACUUGCAAGGUUUGACGGGAUUGUUGUCUGUGAGGCGCCUAACAACAAGUUAGAUAAAUUCAUGGGAAUCCUUUCUUGGAAAGACAGCAAGCACUCCCUCAACAAUGAGAAGAUAAUCCUGAGAGGCUGCAUCCUGAGAAAUACCAGCUGGUGUUUUGGAAUGGUUAUUUUUGCAGGUCCUGACACUAAACUAAUGCAGAAUAGUGGUAAGACAAAGUUUAAAAGGACAAGCAUUGAUAGAUUGAUGAAUACUCUAGUACUAUGGAUUUUUGGGUUUCUGAUAUGCUUGGGAAUUAUUCUUGCAAUAGGAAAUUCAAUCUGGGAGAGUCAAAUUGGGGACCAAUUUAGAACUUUCCUCUUUUGGAAUGAAGGAGAGAAGAGCUCUGUGUUCUCCGGAUUCUUAACAUUCUGGUCAUAUAUUAUUAUUCUCAAUACAGUUGUACCCAUUUCCUUAUAUGUGAGCAUGGAAGUAAUUCGUCUAGGACACAGUUAUUUUAUAAACUGGGACCGGAAGAUGUAUUAUUCUCGAAAAGCAACACCUGCAGAGGCUCGGACGACCACGCUCAAUGAGGAACUGGGGCAGAUUGAGUACAUUUUCUCCGACAAAACGGGUACCCUCACUCAAAACAUCAUGACCUUUAAAAGAUGUUCCAUUAAUGGGAGAAUCUAUGGCGAAGUACCUGAUGACCUGGAUCAGAAGACUGAAAUAACUCAGGAAAAGGAGCCUGUGGAUUUCUUAGUCAAAUCUCAAGCGGAUAGAGAAUUUCAGUUCUUUGACCACAAUCUGAUGGAAUCCAUUAAAAUGGGUGAUCCCAAAGUUCAUGAAUUCCUUAGGGUACUUGCUCUCUGCCACACUGUAAUGUCAGAAGAGAAUAGUGCAGGAGAGCUGAUUUACCAAGUUCAGUCACCUGAUGAAGGGGCUCUAGUGACUGCUGCUAGAAAUUUUGGGUUCAUUUUUAAAUCCCGGACCCCAGAGACCAUAACAAUAGAAGAACUGGGAACACUGGUUACUUAUCAAUUACUUGCCUUUUUGGAUUUCAACAACACCAGAAAAAGGAUGUCUGUCAUAGUUCGAAACCCGGAAGGACAGAUAAAGCUUUACUCCAAGGGAGCAGAUACUAUUCUGUUUGAAAAACUUCAUCCUUCCAAUGAAGUCCUUCUCUCUUUGACGUCAGACCACCUCAGUGAAUUUGCAGGGGAAGGCCUUCGGACCUUGGCCAUUGCACACAGAGACCUGGAUGACAAGUACUUUAAAGAGUGGCAUAAGAUGCUUGAAGAUGCGAAUGCUGCCACAGAAGAGAGGGAUGAACGAAUAGCUGGGUUGUAUGAAGAAAUUGAAAGAGAUUUGAUGCUACUAGGUGCCACUGCUGUAGAAGAUAAGUUACAAGAGGGUGUUAUUGAAACAGUUACAAGUUUAUCACUAGCCAAUAUUAAGAUCUGGGUCCUAACAGGAGACAAACAAGAAACUGCCAUCAACAUCGGUUAUGCCUGCAACAUGCUGACUGAUGACAUGAAUGAUGUGUUUGUGAUAGCAGGGAAUAAUGCUGUGGAAGUGAGAGAAGAACUCAGGAAAGCAAAAGAAAAUUUGUCUGGACAAAACAGAAAUGUUUCCAAUGGCCAUGUAGUUUGUGAAAAAAAGCAGCAGCUGGAGUUGGAUUCUAUUGUAGAAGAAACCGUAACAGGAGAUUAUGCCUUAAUCAUAAAUGGCCACAGUUUGGCUCAUGCCCUAGAAAGUGAUGUCAAGAGUGAUCUCCUAGAACUUGCUUGCAUGUGUAAGACUGUAGUUUGCUGCAGGGUCACUCCACUCCAGAAAGCCCAAGUGGUAGAGCUGGUGAAGAAGUACAGAAAUGCUGUUACUUUGGCCAUUGGUGAUGGAGCCAAUGAUGUCAGCAUGAUUAAAAGUGCUCACAUUGGUGUUGGCAUCAGCGGUCAGGAAGGAUUGCAAGCAGUCUUAGCCAGCGACUAUUCAUUUGCACAGUUUAGAUAUCUCCAAAGGCUUCUCCUUGUUCACGGAAGGUGGUCUUAUUUCCGAAUGUGCAAAUUCUUAUGCUAUUUCUUCUAUAAGAAUUUUGCAUUUACACUUGUGCAUUUCUGGUUUGGUUUCUUCUGUGCUUUCUCAGCCCAGACUGUUUAUGACCAGUGGUUCAUCACCCUUUUUAACAUUGUUUACACAUCACUGCCUGUUUUAGCCAUGGGGAUUUUUGACCAGGAUGUGAGUGACCAGAACAGCAUGGACUGUCCCCAGCUCUACGAACCAGGACAGCUGAAUCUACUUUUUAACAAGCGUAAAUUUUUCAUUUGCGUGUUACAUGGAAUCUACACCUCAUUAGCCCUUUUCUUCAUCCCCUAUGGGGCCUUUUACAACGUGGCUGGAGAAGAUGGGCAACAUAUUGCUGAUUACCAGUCCUUUGCAGUUACUAUGGCCACAUCUUUGGUCAUUGUGGUCAGUGUGCAGAUAGCCUUGGAUACCAGUUACUGGACUUUCAUUAAUCAUGUCUUCAUCUGGGGGAGCAUUGCCGUUUAUUUCUCCAUUUUAUUUACAAUGCACAGUAAUGGCAUCUUUGGCAUCUUCCCAAACCAGUUUCCAUUUGUUGGUAAUGCACGACAUUCCCUGACCCAGAAGUGUAUCUGGCUGGUAAUUCUCUUAACAACAGUGGCUUCGGUUUUGCCAGUGGUGGUAUUCAGAUUUUUGAAGGUGAAUUUAUACCCAACCCUGAGUGAUCAGAUCCGCCGGUGGCAGAAGGCUCAGAAGAAGGCAAGGCCUCCAAGUAGCCGAAGGCCUCGGACCCGCAGGUCAAGCUCAAGAAGGUCUGGAUAUGCUUUUGCUCACCAAGAGGGCUAUGGAGAACUUAUCACAUCUGGAAAAAAUAUGCGAGCUAAAAAUCCACCCCCAACAUCAGGGCUGGAAAAGACACAUUAUAAUAGCACUAGCUGGAUUGAAAAUUUAUGUAAGAAAACCACAGACACAGUGAGCAGCUUUGGCCAGGAUAAAACAGUGAAACUGUGAGUCAAUAUGAAUUUAAACCACAUAGUUAUCUUUUCACUUCAGGUGGAGCUGAAAUUCUGCUGGCUCCAGAGUUUGAGAUUUGAGGCAAGAGGCGGGGCGGGCAGAUUGCCUCACUUAACUGAAAUCUGCGGCAGACAGCUGCCAAUGCCCAUGAAACAGGAGUGUGUGCUAUGGAAAACCAGGCCAGAGGGUCACUGUCUAGUUUGUGAUUUGGUAGACAAAACACUGUUACAAGUACAGAUUUUUUUUUUCUUUUUAAAAUCAACCUAGAUAACAAUUGACCUGAACUUUAGAAUCUUAUUUAUGGAGAAAAACUUGUAAAGCUGCAUAUACAUUGAAUGGAUCCUCAGGCGGAUAAAAGGGUGCAUUUUAAAGGUAUAUAUAUCCAAGCCGAAAAGCAUGCGUGUUGACAGAUAAACACAUAUAUGUAAGAUCAGCCUUUCCCGAGGUAUACUUUUAAAAUUUAAAGUGUGUACUAUGGUGCUUUCAGACUGAGUUGCGUGUCACUCUUUAGUCUUGAUAUCUACCUGUCUGUUCAGCCAGGACAACAAAUGGCCUUCACACCUGAAGAAUACAAAAGUGUGUUUAUAUUUCUCAUUUUUCUACCAGUCUAGAGACAAAGGAGAGUGAACAUCUUUGCAGCAGGAUAGGCUGGUAAUUUAAUCAAAUUCAUUCAAAAAGCUCUGAGUCUGUGUCAUGUAAGGACAUGCUUAUGAAAUGUCAGAGAGGCUUGCCACUAAGUAUUCUAAAUACUUUUCAAUGGCUUUUCUAACAACCUCAGUAGUAAUUUGCUGAGCAUCAUCCAGACCAUUAAUGGAAUCAGCAAAGCAUUGGAAUUUCACACAAUGGGCAAAUAUUUUCAACAUUUCCAAUUUUUAAAGCUUCAGAAUUGAAGCCAAACAAAUUAAUAAAUAAUGUUUUAAUUACUAUUUUAAAAGUCAGGUUUAGAUCGUUUAAAGUUACUUGCUUUUGAUGCUCAGCUGUCAUGUUUAUAAUUCAAAUGUGUAGUGAACAUAUGUGGGUAAGGUUGAUUUUUUUGGAGAUGUUGCAGCUCAAAUGUUCAGUCCCCAUGUGAAUCAUCAGUGUCUUUCCUGUCAAGUAAUUUGGGCAUAGUUGUGUGAAAACCUCAGUUCUGUCACUUCUUAUCUCUAUAAACCUGGACGAUAAUGUGCCUUCUCUGAGGCUCAGUUUCUUCCUCUGUCAAAUGAGGACAUACUAUCUACCUCAUGUGGUUGUUUGAUGGUUGUCAAAGCACAAAUUCUGAAAUUAUUAAAAACAUAAUUAUUUCAUAAACAGAUGAGUUAAGUUCCAGUUAACUUGACAUCGAUAUAGCAGAGAAAUUGGAAGAGAAUAUGAAAAAACUGGAAUUUAAGUAGUCAGUGGGGAAAGCUUUGAUAAAAUGAAAUUGCCAGUAAGAUAUGAAACUGGUUAGUGUCCUACAGGGAAAUAAAAUUAUAACCGUGGAGGUACAUUUCUCUACCAGAAAGCAAAAAUAAAGCAUCAUGUCUUAAUGGUUUUCUACAAGUCAACUUCUAAUUCCACAGAGUCCUUAAUCUGGUCCCUAUUAAAUUCUUGGUCAAAGUAACAUUUCCCAAGAGAGUUAGGUGACACUUGAGUGAGCUUGAUGGAUAAUGAGCUAAUGUGAUAUGUAUAGGCCACUAUUUUUUAAAAUCUAAAUUUCCAAGUCUGGGAUAAUUUUUCCUAAAUGGGAUCAAGUGACAUAAUAUGUGUAAAAGAGUCAAAUGCGGUUGUGUACCAUAACAACUGCCUAUGGAAGUUCUCUUUCCCUUACAUGCCUGCCUACACUUACCCAGAUGUUAGUUUUCAAUGUCUAAUUUGUCAUUAGUUUCACCACGUUUGCUCACUUUUUGUAAUAUUUUUGCAAGAUUUGAAAACUUUCAGUAAAUGUUUUGGCACUAUUGGUA